AUGAUUGAUCGAUUAUCAGAGCCGCAAGAACUUAUAUACAGGUAUGUAAAGUAGUUAAGAGGAGAACCAGUUUUGGAACUGUUUCACAGCGUUCCAAUUUUUUAUUUUCAGAUAUGAUGAAUCCGCUCCAAAAGCACCCCAGAAGAAAACAUUUGUUCGAGCAUUUCUAGAAUCUAAUAUUGAAGCCGUAACUCAUCUCAACGACGAAAAUAUCAUUACAAAAAUAAUUUGGAGAUUCAUCAUACUAUCCUUUAUAGUUUUAGUGACAGUUUUAUGUACAACUCAAAUUCAAAGAUAUGCGGAGAAUCGAGUUUCAACAAAUCACGAGAUAGAAUAUCCCACAGAAGUUGAAUUUCCAGUCAUAGCUAUAUGUAACAAUAAUAUCUUUAGGUAAAUGUUUCCAUCGGAAAAAUAAGUGAGUUAAAUUUUCAGACUUUCUUAUUUGUAUGCGCUGAGAAAUGGAAAAAUUUCCAAUGAAAAUUACACGUUACUUUCAAUUGAUCCAAAUAAUCCGAAACCUUUUGACGAUAUUUUUGAAAAAUAUUGGGAUAUGGAUGCAGUUGAAUUUUUGAAAGAAGCUGCACCAAAGUUAUCAGAAUCAAUUCAUGGUUGCUGGUGGCCAAAUGGCACAAAAUGUGAUUCAAGUAACUUCGAGCCGAUCUGGACAAUCAAUGGAUUAUGCUAUGCUAUCAACACUGAUAGAAACAACAUACUCACAGAGUCUGGAAGCGGCUCUUCGAAUGCUCUAACCCUAUUGCUCAGCGUACAAUUUUUGGAGCAAAUCAACAUGUGCAACACAUUUUUCGGAAUGAAAAAGACCGGUGGAUUGAAAUUGUUUCUUUACAAUCAAUCAGAAGAACCAUUAAUGAUUACAAGUGGAGUAAAUAUUCCUAUGGGAAAAAAUAUCGAUAUUCCAUUUUGGAUGGUUCGUGUGAGUAUAAAAAGCUAUUGAUUCUCAACCUAAAAAUAUUUUCUAUUCUAGAAAACACGCCUUGAAGGACGAGGUUGCUCGAGUGAGAAUAUAAUGAGCAAUAAAUACAAUUAUACAUCAUGUAUUCUACAAAGUUUCCACCAACAUAUUUACAAGAACUGCAAAUGUUCACUUCACGGAUUUUUUGUGAAAAAUGAAGUGACAAGUAAUCUUAAAUAAGUGUGAGGAUUUUUUUCCGAAAUUAAAAAUAUAAACUUCUAGAUCCCGAUAAAAGAUGCAAUGUUGAUGAAUACUUCGGAUGUGUGCAAAAACACUUGAAACGAAUAUACGAAAGGGAUAUUCCAUCGGAUUGUAAACCAUCUUGCGAUACAACCGAAUAUACAGCAUGGCAAGAUGAUUUAGGUUAUCUCACUAAUGUUUUUCCGAUAGAAGAGGAGGAAAAAUAUGAUCAUUUGAAAGCAUUAGAAGAAGAAGAAAGCGGUGACUAUUAUUAUGAAGAUAUUAAUUAUGUUGACAAUGAUGUUUUGGAUGUGAGCUUUAUUCAAAUUAACGCAAUGUUAACAUUCACAAUUUCGUUUUUCAGAAAGAUUCCGGAAAACAACAGCAGUGUGGAGAAAGCACGUAUUUCUCUUAUACACAGGGAAAAGAAAAAAUUGCUCAAUCUAUAAAUUUAUGGACUAUGAUGGAAGAAAUUAAUGAUGUCUAUUUAGGAAAAACAUCAAGAAAUGUCGAAAAAUUUGUGAAUUCUAUCAAAAGGUAAGGAUAUUUUUUGAAAUAUUCCACUUCCAUUGAAAUUCAGUAUCGAUGAACAAGGAUGGAUGAGAAAUAUCGAGAAUUCAACUAUUAUUUUCGAGCAAUUGAAAGAUGUUCCCUGCUUUUCAGAAAUAAUGUAAGAUAACUCAUGUCAGAAAACUGUCAAGAAUGAAUUUCAGAAAACAUCAUCAACUAAUUAUUUCUAAAUUUGCGGAGGAGAUGGAAAUGAAAUCGAAUUUCAUUCAAAAUGUGAGUGAUUUGUUUCUAUGAAAAAAAAUUUAAAAAUUUUUUAGUUACUGGAAAAAAGUUCAGAAAGUGACAAAACUACGAUAACUCAAAUGAAUCGAGAUGAUAUUGAUAGAAUAUUUUACAUUUUGAACGAUUUGGCUUCAUUUUUCUCGGAAACAUCUUAUCGAACCAGACUAUUCGAGAAAAGAGAAGAUUUCAUGGAACUUAUUGGAAGAUAUCACAAUAACACAUCGAAUAAAGAAUUUCUUGAAAAAUUGUUCAAAUUAAACAUCCACGAUGAACUUUUUAUCGAUUAUUUCGAAGGAAUUGUGAAUAAUUUGAUAUCAAUAAUAAGUAACAAGAAAACAAUUGAAAAUUCUUGGAAUCAAACAUUAGUGGAUCACAUGGAUAUUACGAUGUUAUUAUUCAAAAACAUUUUCAACUUGGAUUCUGAAGUUGUUUGGGAUAUCUUCGAAGAUAUGAAAAAAUGUGCAAUAAAUGAAGUUUAUCCAUUUCUCAAAAAUAAAUAUGCGAAACUAAAACACAUCUUCGACUUAUCUCAUAUAAAUUACGAAACCCUAUCCAAAAACAUGCAUCCAUUUCAACCAACUUUAGAAGAUGUUAGUGGUGAUUUCUCUUUGGUUCACAUAUUUCUGCAUAGAACAAGCAUUGAAAAAUGGACACAAAAUGAGGAUUAUAGUUUUUGGAGUCUAGCAUCUGAUAUUGGAGGAGCUCUCGAUUUAUUUCUUGGUGCUUCAUUGUUAACGAUGAUGGAGGUGUUUUAUAUUCUAAUGAGGCACGGAGUAUUCGGAUUAAAAAGGAAGAAAAUCAAACGUGUGUUUGAAUUGUGAGUUUCUACGGGGGAUCGAGACUUUGAAAAAAAUUACAGAUGGAAAUCAGGCGAUGAAAACCAAUGUGUUUGUGAUACCACUUCUAGUAAUUCCGAAGAAAAUCACGAAGGUUAGCAUGAAAUUACAAUUUUUUUUCGUUAAUCAGAAAUUAAUUUUUACAGAUUUCCUCGAUGCUGUUGAAUUCCAAGAAAAGUAUGUUUAUUUAUGUUUUCUAAAAUUUCAAAAUUCCUUCAGAGUUGAUCGCGACUUGGAAAUAAUUUCAAUUUGUGGGAGCGAGAUGUCACAACUCUAUUUAACACCAGCUACCAGUCAAAGUUAUCUGCCCGAGGAAAAGUGA